CGCCGAGGCUUGUUCAACCGCUCGUCACACAACGCCAGCUCAAAAGCAAAGGAGAGGAAACUGCAAGGGACUUGCCCUCCCCUGCGUCGUGGUAACUACGGAAAGCCAUGCCUGAGUGAAAGCAGCCACAGGUCCCUGUUUUUCGGUCCCCAUAAUGGUUUUCACUCGCUGCAUUCCGAGCACAGCCCAGUGAAGCCAAGGGUCAUUACGGUGGUGAAACCCGGUGGGCGCACGCUCAGGAGGAUAACUUUGCUUCUCAACAGGAGAUCAAUCCAGACCUUUGAACAGCUGCUGGGGGACAUUUCUGAAGCUCUGGGAUUUCCACGCUGGAAGAAUGACCGUGUCAGAAAGCUUUACAACCUGAGAGGCAGAGAAAUCCAAAGUCUUUCUGACUUCUUCAGGGAAGGUGAUGCAUUCAUAGCUAUGGGGAGAGAGCCCCUCACUUUGAAGAACCUGGAAGUGGUAUUACAAGAACUUUAUCCUGAAAAUCCUUAUGCUGCCGGUGCUGCUGUUCACCAGAGUGAGGAUCAGUCCCAAAAACUGAAGAGCAGGUUGUGUGACAAGGCUUUGAAAGUAGACAGUGGCUUUGAUGAGAUAGAAAUUGCCAAGAACUGCAGUGAGGGCAUGUCUCCCAAGCCUCAUGCUGGACAUGAAGGAAAAAGUCAAGCCAAACCAAAGCAGGAGGAAAAUAUUAGAACCACAAAAAAGUGGACCAGAGAGAGAUGGGAUGGUGAGCAAGGACUGAAGCCUUCUAGAAAGACAAGAGAAAACGAGAGGUACCUUAACCACGAGAAGAGCCCUGAGGAGGGGUUAGAAGAGAGUUCAGAGGAAAAGGUGAGGUGUGAGAAGUGUGAACAGGAAAGGCAGGCCAGACAAAAGCUCCAAAGGGAAAGGAGAGCUGAGGCCUCCUUUGAGAACAGAGACCUGAACACAGGUGCAUGUCAGAGGUACCACGUAGAAAGAAAUGAAAAAGUCAGGAACUGCCGAAAACCUGCGGAAACUUGUCUGGAAGAUGAGGAAGUUGGUUGGAAAGAGAGUGGCUGUAGGAGGGCAUGGAAGCCCCUACAUAGGAAUGUUAAUGAAGGGCUGGAAAAGCAAAAAAGGAUCCUGGAGAGGGAAAGGGAUGCGGAGAAACACGAAAACCAUGGGAAGGAAGUAGUAAAAAUCAAGAAGAAUGCUGUAGAAGGGCUGCAGGUAACUCAUGAAGCAAAAGAAGAGAAUGGAGGUAGCUGUGUGAUGAACCAAAGGAGCUGGCUAAAGAAAGACACUCCAAGGGAUGCUGAGAAACUGUCUAAAACACAGAGGGAUGGCAAAGAAGGCCAAAGGGCCAAAGAAGAAGGAACCAGAAGAGAGGGUAACAUCAUGUGUAGAGAGAGGGAGAAGACAGGGGAGUGCAGAGCGAAUAAAGAAGAGAGCAAGGCUCAGGGGUUGGAAAACCCGAGCCGGAGGCAUGCCAUCAAAACCAGAACUGAUGUGGAAAAGUACUAUGAGAUUGGCAGAACUAUUGGGGAUGGGAACUUUGCAGUGGUGAAGGAAUGCCGCCACUGCGACUCCAAUCAGAUCUAUGCCAUGAAGAUCGUUGAUAAAUCAAAGCUGAAGGGGAAAGAGGACAUGAUGGACAGUGAAAUUCUGAUCAUUAGGAGCCUCUCGCAUCCCAACAUCGUCAGCUUGAUUGAAGUGUACGAGACAGAAGCUGAGAUCUACUUAAUCCUAGAGUAUGUCCCAGGAGGGGACUUGUUUGAUGCAAUCAUAGAAAGUGUGAAGUUCACAGAGCAUGAUGCUGCUGUCAUGAUCACUGACCUGUGUGAAGCACUGGUUUACAUUCACAGCAAAAACAUUGUCCACAGGGAUCUCAAACCAGAGAACCUUUUGGUUCAGCAUAAUGCAGAUAGAUCUACUACACUGAAACUGGCAGAUUUUGGCCUUGCAAAGCUGGUUACAAAACCCAUCUUUACUGUGUGUGGAACACCAACGUACGUUGCCCCUGAAAUACUUGCUGAGAAGGGCUAUGGGCUGGAAGUAGAUAUGUGGGCAGCCGGUGUGAUCCUUUACAUUCUGCUCUGCGGCUUCCCCCCUUUCCGCAGUCAGGAACGUGACCAGGAAGAGCUGUUUCAGAUCAUACAGCUGGGGCACUACGAGUUCCUUUCUCCAUACUGGGACAAUAUUUCUGCAGCAGCAAAAGACCUGAUAACCAGGCUGCUGAUAGUGGAUCCCCAGAAGCGCUACACAGCACGCCAAGUGCUUCAGCACCCCUGGAUCAGGACAGCUGGGAAAACCAACAGCAGGAACCUGCAGAGGGAAGUGACGAUAAACAUCGAGCGGCAUUUCCGCGCCCAGCGCCGCAGGGAGGCUGCUGCUGAGGACUCCUGA